AUGAAGUCCUCGACGCCCGUUGCGAAAUGGGCUCCCUUCGCACUGUUUCUCGCGCCGCCCGCUGCCCUGGCGGCACUGCGGCCGCCCUUUAUCGACCCGGAGGCUCUCCCCAACACGUCGGUCUUCAAGGGGCCUUGGGAGAGAUACAUCAAAGCACCCAUAGACAAGACCCGCAUCGUGCCGUCCGGCAUAUGGGACGCCGAGGGCAACGUAACGACAUCCGGACUCGAGUCGGUGGAGGUCGGCGCGGAGGCCGUGGACGCAUUCAACCGCGGCAUCACCAUUGGGCCGGGCGGGGUGUUGACGCUGGUGUUUGAGGAGAACAUUGCUGGACGCGUAUGCUUCGAUGUAUCCUCCGCCGGCAACGACCCCGAGAUCUACCUGGCGUACUCCGAAUCUUCGCUAUACGCCGGGCCGCAACCGGACACCACGACGGAGAAGCUGGAGCGCGACUUGCCCUUGCACUUCGAGUUUGACGAUACGACUGGCACGGUGUGCGUUGGUAAAGAAUUUCUGAGGGGAGCCUUCAAGUACCUCACCCUCUCGAUGCCGGAAUAUCCUGUCCUCUCGGACGACGGCAUCAUCGAUCGACCUCGCCCAGAGGGCCAGGCCGUCCUCGGGCACGACGACGACGACGACGACGAUAAAGAACAAGCUCCCCUUAGCUCGUCCGGCAGAGAUCCCUACAAGAAGCCGUGGGUGACCCUCCAGAACGUCUGGGUCAACUGCACCGCAUUCCCCUCGCAGGCCAACGGCCGCGCCUACUCGGGCUACUUCCACAGCUCAAACUCGAUGCUCAACCGCAUCUGGUACGCCGGCGCCUACACCCUCCAGCUCUCCACCGUCGACCCGCGUGAGGGCUCCGCGCUGAUCGACUACAACCGCGACUGGGACCACAACGAAUCGCCCACGGGGUCGUGGUACUCCAACUUCACCAUCGCCAACGGCACCGCCGUCACCACCGACGGCGCCAAGCGCGACCGCAUCGUCUGGCCCGGCGACAUGUCCAUCGCGGUCCCCGGCAUCGCCGUCAGCACCUACGACAUGCUCGCCGUCCGCAACGCCCUGGACGUCCUCUUCGACCAUCAGUACCCCGACGGCUCGCUGCCGUAUGCCGGCCCGCCCCUAGGCGUCCGCGGCGAGUUCAGCGACACGUACCACCUCCAUACCCUGCUGGGCGCCUACAACUACGUCAAGUUCUCGGGCGACGUCGACUGGCUCGCCCGGCGCUGGCCGGCGUACCUCGAGGCCCUCGGCGUGAGCAUCAACAAGGUCGACCACACCGGCCUCCUGCACGUCACCAGCGGCGCCGACUGGCUGCGCCCGGGGAUGACGGGCCACAACCUCGAGGCCAGCGCCCUCCUCAGCGCCGUCCUGGACAAGAGCAUCAAGCUCGCCGAGUGGCUCCGCGACGACCGGCCCGCGGCCCGCCGGCACGGGGUCUGGUCCGGCAUACGCAGAACCCUCAACGCGGGGAUCCAGCAGCUCUUCUGCAAGGACACGGGGCUCUACUCGGACAACAUCGGCCGGCGCAGCUGCCGCGGUCCGGAACAUACCGACCCGCAGGACGGCAACAGCUGGGCCCUCAUCGCGGGCGCGGUGCCGCGGUCCCGCCGCGCCGUCGUCUCGGAGCACCUGCGGUCGCGGUGGACGCGGCACGGCGCGCCGGCCGUUGAGUUCCCCAACGUCAUCUCCCCCUUUGUCUCGUCGUUUGAGCUGCUCGCCCACGCCGCCGCCAACGACCACGACGCGGCCGUCGAGCUGAUGCUGCUCGAGUGGUCCUACCUGCUCGACGGGCCCGGCUUCACAAACAGCACCCUCGCCGAGGGCUUCAUGGUCGACGGCGGCGUGCAGUACCCGGCCUACUGGUCCGCGGCGCGCAACUCCCACUGCCACGGGUGGUCCUCGGGCCCGACGAGCGUGCUGACGUCCGAGGUCCUGGGCAUCCAGCUCCUCGCUCCCGCGGGCGCCGAGUGGACCGUUCGCCCGCACCUCUCCAAGUGGCUCGGCUUCGCCAGGGGCGGGUUCGCGACGACAAAGGGCCCGUUCGAGGUGAAGCUCACCCGCGUCAUGACCUCGACCUCGUCCACGGCGACGAACCAGCAGAAGCGGCGGCGGGGCCAGGUCGUCGAGGUCACGGCCCCGGGGCUCACCAACGGCACGUUCGAGUGGGGCCCGUCCUCGUACAGGGUCGACGUCGAGGGGGGCCGGACGACAGCCUGGGUCGCCUGGGACGACGACGGCUUGGUGGAGCAGCUCGACGUCGCGUUGGGGCGGAUCGAGGCGCCCAGCGACGACGAGUGGCACCGCCAGAGCUUCAUCUACCGCGACGACACGCGGCUCGUCUUUGACGACACGUGGGCGCCGCCGCCAAUGGCCGAGCGGCCGGCCGGCGAGGUCGACUGGGAUGCGCUGGAAGCAAACUACGUCAAGCCCCUGGCGGACAUGUUUUGA